UCAUUGUGCCUGGGGAAUGGGGAGAGUGGCUCAAGACAAGGUCAGCAGAGGUCAGAUCAGCAGGGCGGAGGGCUGUGGUGAGGACUUUGGCUUUUACUCUGGGUGAGACAGGAACAUGGGAGGGUUUCAGCAGAGAGACAUGGUCUUACUCCUCCCUCUGGCUGCAUGCGGAGAAUCAUAUUUUGGAACUAAAUAGACACAGGAGAGGAGUGUAUUCUAAGUAGUGACCGCAUAUGGCCCAUCUCUCCCCCCUACCCUAGACUCGACUCAGCAACUAGAUCACAGUUGUCCCAAACAGACGAUUGUCCCUGCCCUCAUUCUAGGUGGUGAGUAGUGGGGCUUACAGGUUUUCAUAGCCCUUGCUUCAUAGAUGAAAACCAGUGGGAUGGGACUUAUUUAUGGAUUUAUUUCUGUACCUCCACCCCCACCCCAGGCCUGGCAUGGCCCUGUCGGGAGUGGUGGGUCCCCGGGAGAGCUGAGGGUGAGGUUCCAGCUGUCCCUCCCCUGGGCCCACGCCACAUGGGACCAGUCGGUGCCCCCACUGCGGAGCCCAGCGUUAGAUCCUUUAGACACAGUAUUGAUGACGCCCCAGAGAGGCGAGAAGUCCUGCCUCAGCCCUUCCCUUCCCCACUUCUUUCUCCCACCUGCCCAGAGUGAUCUUUCUCAAGCAGACUCUAAACAGGUCCCUCCUCAGCUGAAAAUCCUGUCUUGGUUCCCAGUGUCCUUGGGGCAAAGUUCAAACUCCUCUAGGCCCUGGAGGCCCAGCAGAUCUGACCUCUCAGGCUUGGCCACCCCACCCCCAUCCCUGGGAGCUGCUCUCAAAGACUCUGAAGUAGGCCGAGUCUUACCUCGGGCCUUUCCCCUCGGUAUUUCUUCACUUCCUCUGGGAAGUUGCCCCGACCCCCUGUCAGGUGACCCGUUUCUUGACUGUCACAGCGUCCUGUGGCCUCCCCCCAUCAAAGCACACUUCCCUUUGCUUAAUAAUUAUCUGUUUACUUUCGUCUCUCUCCCCCGCCGUACGGCGAGCUACACUUUACAGGUAGAGACCCCGAGUGUUUUGCUCAGGAAUGUGUCCCCAGCUCCGGGAAUAGUGACUGGCACGUAGCGGGUGCUCAGUAAACAUUUGCGAAGUGAAGGAACGGAUGCCUUUUGCUAGAUGAUGCCAGAUUGCUUUGCAAAAAAGGCUGUGGCAUUUCACACUACCAGCAGCCACGUGAAGGUGUUCAUUUCCUCGCAGCCUCCCCCGAAAUGUGUAUAGUACUUCGUGAAUCCCACGCUCUUUGCGAGGCGCCAGCCUGGCCGAGGAAAUUUCCGCCCCCUCCCCAAGCCUGAGGCGGAGGCGGUUUCGGAACGUCAGGUGCCCAGACCCGCGGCGGGCGGCGCCAGGGGGCGCCAGAAGCAGACGACCGUGCAUCGCUGGGCAGGCGGGCGCGCGGGGUACCGAAGGGGGUCCCGCCUCGCCUGGGGCUCCCUGUGCCCGCCCCCGGCAAUCCGCCGCGGGGCGAUCGGAGCAGCGCCCGCGGCCGGGCCUCCGAGCGGCCCCCGCCCGGCCCCCAGCGCCACGCGGCGCGAGCCCCGCCAGCCCCGGCGCACCUGCUCGGGGCGUGGCCUCCGGCGAAGGCGCGCCUCGAUUGGCGCCGAGGUGACAAAAGGGCGUGGCCUCCUUCGACCACGCCCCUCCAGAGGCUGGAGUACUUAAAGGAGUUGGCGGCGCGUCUCCACUCAGAGCGCAGCGGCACGGCCUCGCGGGUGGAGUGCCUCGCGACCCCUGUGCGAACCGGCGACCCCCCGGCUGCUUUGGCCACCAUGCCGCGCUCUUUCCUCGUCAGGAAGUCCGCCUGCUCCCGCCGGAGGCCCAACUACAGCGAGCUGCACGACUCUUCUCCAGAGUUUACCUUCCAGCAGCCCUACGACCAGGCCCACCUGCUGGCGGCCAUCCCGCCUCCCGAGGUCCUCAACCCCACGGCCUCUCUGCCCACGCUCAUCUGGGACUCUCUCCUGGCGCCCCAAGCCCAGCCCGUCGGCUGGGCCGCCCUUCUGCCCCAGGAGGUCCCCAAGGCUGCGGAGCUGACCUCCCUGUCGGACGACGACAGCGGGAAAGGCUCGCAGCCGCCCAGCCCCCCCUCGCCGGCCCCUUCGUCCUUCUCCUCCACCUCGGCUUCUUCCCUGGAGGCCGAGGGUUACGUUGCCUUCCCGGGCCUGGGCCGGUUGCCCGCGCAGCUGGCCGGGCUCUCCGUGGCCAAGGACUCCCAGACUCGCAAGGCCUUCAGCUGCAAGUACUGCAACAAGGAGUACCUCAGCCUGGGCGCCCUCAAGAUGCACAUCCGCAGCCACACGCUGCCCUGCGUCUGCGGCACCUGCGGGAAGGCCUUCUCCAGGCCCUGGCUGCUGCAGGGCCACGUGCGGACCCACACGGGAGAGAAGCCCUUUUCCUGCUCCCACUGCAGCCGAGCCUUCGCCGACCGCUCCAACCUUCGGGCCCACCUCCAGACCCACUCGGAUGUCAAGAAGUAUCAGUGCAAGACCUGCUCCCGAACCUUUUCCCGCAUGUCCCUGCUGCACAAACACCAAGAGUCAGGCUGCUCGGGGGGCCCCCGCUGACCCUCAAAGCUCCUUCUGCCUCUCCAGACCCUCCCCCGGCCAUUGCGGCCUCCAUCCUUCCAACUGCCACGGAAUUCCCUUCUGAGCUCCCCCUUUUGGGUGCGUUUGCCCCGCAGGACUCUGAGGACCUUUUUCCAGUUCUCUCUGCCCUGGUGCCUCGGUGGACUCUGAGAGAGGCCUUCCCGUGGACGUUUCUGUGAACGGCUGGUGGGGAGGGUGGCUUGUAGCCAAGUGUUCUGGAGUUGGCCUCUCUGUGUGGGUUUGUGUAUCCAAAGGUGUUUGGAUACAGCUGCUUUGAGCUCCGGGACAAAAGCAGACAGACUGAUAGGAAGCUCCCCCCACUCGGGGGAACCCACUCCUCCCCCCCCCGGAACCCUCAGGCCACCCCUCCAGGAGGUGUGACUAAGCGCGCAGGUUCACCCCCAGGGCCUGUGGGGGCGGUCACUGACACAAGGACUGGUCUAGACCCCAGGUUGCCCCCAGGCCUGGGCAGCUAUUUCAGCCUCCUGUUUGUCAUGGUGGCACCUGUUUCAUGGGCAAUUUAACAACGUCUCAAAAGAGACUGUGAGUAAUUGCUGUCACUUGUUGGGGGCCCGAGUGGGGUGCUUCAGCCUGACUGAUGUGUCUCCCAGAACUAUUUUUGGGGUCUGACAGGUGGGCCUGGGAGGAAGAUGUUUACAUUUUUAAAGGUACACUGGUAUUUAUAUUGCAAGCAACAUUUUGUACUAAGGAAACGUUUUGUAUAGUUAUAUGUACAGUUUAUUGAUAUUCAAUAAAGUGGUUAAUUUAUGUA